GCGACGCUAAUGCUCACUGUUCCUCGCCACCUGUUACCUUGACUUAACUCGACUGUCUCUGUUUAUUGCGAUCUAGCUUAACCUCCGCUCUCACGCUCUUUGCGCUUACAUGCCGCUUCAGAAAGCGAAAACGAAUCAUGGCCGACUCGCCAGUAAAGAUGGAUGAAUCGCACAGUUACAAGGAGCCUUCAGCGCGAACCGUAGCAAGAGAUGGAGAAGCGCCGGUGAGCGUUUUGGAAGAUGGGUCGUUGGAUCCCGUGUACGAAGCGAAAGCGAAGAUGCUAAAUAAGGCAAUGCAAGACAUAGGUAUGGGGAGGUAUCAAUGGCAGCUCUUCAUCGUGAUUGGAUUCGGCUGGGCAAUGGACAACCUAUGGCCGAUAGUAACAUCCCUAAUCUUUACGCCCAUCACCAAUGAAUUUCAACCUACACGCCCACCACUACUCUCUCUCUCGCAAAACAUCGGACUUCUAUUCGGCGCCGUCUUCUGGGGUUUUGGCUGUGAUAUCUUCGGUCGACGAUGGGCUUUCAACCUUACCAUUGGCAUCACCGCUGUGUUUGGCAUGAUAGCAGCGAGUAGUCCUAACUUUGCUGCUGUUGGCACGUUUGCUGCUUUGUGGUCUGUUGGCGUAGGUGGUAACCUGCCAGUAGAUUCCGCCAUCUUCCUGGAGUUCUUGCCGGGGAGCCAUCAGUAUUUGUUGACUAUUCUGUCGAUCUAUUGGGCCCUCGCGCAAGUCUUUGCUACACUCGUGGCGUGGCCGUUGCUCGGAAACCUCACCUGUCAGCAGACAGAUACCAACUGCACGAGAGGAGAGAACAUGGGAUGGCGGUACUUCAUGAUCGUCAUGGGCGGCGUAGCACUACUAAUGUUCAUCGGCCGCUUCGUAUUCUUCACAAUCUUCGAGUCACCAAAGUUCCUCAUGGGCAAGGGCAGAGACGCAGAUGCCAUCCGCAUCGUCCACGAAGUCGCCCGCCGCAACGGUAAAGAGUGCACCCUCACACUAGAAGAGCUUGAAUCAUGCAACAACUACGCGCUACCCGGUGCGACCCAGCAGACCGGUACUGCCACCGCAGCAGUCAAGCGUAAACUCCAAAAGCUGGACAGCUCCCAUAUCAAAGCUCUCUUCGCAACCAAGAAACUCGCUUUCUCAACCAGCACCAUCACACUCAUCUGGGCAUUCAUCGGCCUUGGCUACCCGCUCUACAACGCCUUCUUACCCUAUAUCCAAGCCACUCGCGGCGCCGACUUCGGCGACGGCUCAACCUACAUCACCUACCGUAACAGUCUCAUCAUCGCUGUACUCGGCGUACCAGGAUGCAUCCUCGGUGCAGUACUCGUCGAAACACCGCACAUCGGCCGCAAAGGCACUCUAGCCCUCUCCACAGUCCUGACUGGCGUCUUCUUGCUGUGUUCCACCACGGCGCUCACUUCCAACGUCCUCUUAGGAUGGAACUGUGCGUACAACUUCAUGAGCAACAUCAUGUAUGCGGUCUUGUAUGCGUAUACUCCUGAGAUCUUCCCAACGAAAGAUCGCGGUACGGGAAAUGCUAUUACGGCGAGUGCGAAUCGGGUGUUUGGUAUUAUGGCGCCCAUUGUCGCCAUGUUUGCGGAUCUGGAGACUAGUGCGCCGGUUUACGUGAGUGGAGCGUUGUUUAUUGCGGCAGGGACUUUGGUGCUUAUAUUGCCGUUUGAGAGUAGGGGGAAGGCGAGUAUGUAGAGAAAGAGACUGAUUGCAUGUUUGGGGCAUGGAAGAUACAUUGCAUAAAUGCCUUCUUGCAGUUAGAACCGACAUAUACAACGAAAUUACGAAUGCAAAUACACAUUCUCUACGAGCUCGACUCCAGCCCGCACAAUACCCCAUUGAUCUCAUCGCUUGCUUCCCCAAGCCUUCUGCAUCAACUCCUCAACACCAAUCGGGUGAAUCUCAGGGAAAUCA